AUGCUCCGCCUCGGCCAGAAGCCCAAAUGCACUCCAGCCAUCUUCGUCCACGCUGGAGCCGGCUUCCAUAGUCACCAGAAUGAGCACGUCCACCUCCAGGCUUGCGUUGCUGCCGCUGAGAUGGGAAUGAAGUUUUUAAAAGCCGGCUCCACCGCAACCGAGGCCAUCGAAGCUGCCCUGCGUAUCCUCGAGGACAAAGAGAUUACGAACGCUGGCUAUGGCUCUAAUCUUUCUAUCGACGGCACGGUCGAAUGCGAUGCCACGAUAGUCGAUCACCUUGGCCGCAGUGGCGCAUGCGGUGCCGUUCCGAACAUUCGGAAUCCCAUUGCGCUUGCCAAGCUUAUCCUAGACACUAGCAAUAACCCCCUCAGCCUCCGGCGUGUUCCACCCAACGCGUUAGUCGGAGAGGGUGCGAAGGCAUUCGCCGAAGAACACGGCUUAACAACAUACCCCAACGAAUACAUGAUUUCCAAGAACGCUAGGGAUCGUUUUCUCCGCUGGCAGGAAGACCUAAAGCGAGCCGAGUCGAAGUCCAAGGAAAUCAAGAUAACCCAGAGUCCGACUCCAGUGAACUCGGGGUGCGUCCCUUGCCAAUACGACACCGCAACGCCAUCAGAGACACACCGGCCUUUCCCGCGGGACCACACGGCCGCAAUCAUGGCCGGCACUUGGAAUGAAGGUCAAACGGACUCGCCCAACGUGGAUUCUCCAGGACCUGACACGUCUACCCUAUUGCAGGCCCCGACGACCCCGGAUUAUUUCCGGGUCGUCGGGUCAUCUACACCAACAGUAGGUCGAUCGUCGGUUCGUGCUUCCCCUGAAAAGUCGUCUCUCUACUCUACUGCGGUAGCGAGAGGCCCCCAAAACAACUCCACAACUCCCUCUCGAUCCAAAGAUGGCUCUGCGUCGCCACAAGACGGGGCCCACACAGUUGCCAACGACCGCGAUACUCUUCAUCAACCCCCCGGGAGUCCUCGUGGGGUUAAGCGACCUGUCAGUCCAGACGAAAAGGAUGGCCUCAACCCUCGGGUUAAGAAGGUGCCCUUUCACCCUGGUACUGUGAACGAGGACCUCAUCACAGACACUAUCGGUGCUAUCGCGGUCGACGAAAACGGCCAUAUUGCGGCUGGGUCCUCCUCGGGAGGGAUUGGGAUGAAGCACCGAGGUCGGUUAGGUCCGGCAGCUUUAGUCGGCGUUGGCACCGCAGUUGUGCCCUGUGACGAGAAUGACGAGGAUCAAGUCACUAUUGGUGCCGUGACAAGCGGUACAGGAGAGCACAUGGCCACCACAAUGGCUUCACAGCGGUGUGCUGAGAGAAUUUACCAUGGGACACGUCGCGGUCGAGGUGGAGCUGACAUUCAGGACGAUGACGAAGACGCCAUCAUGGAAUCAUUCAUUGCAGAUGACUUCAUGAACCAUCCUGGUGUGAAGAACUGCCACUCGGCUGGCGCAAUUGGAGUGAUGGUGGUCAAGAAGACCCGCACUGGUUACUACUUUUACUUUGCGCAUAACACCGACUCGUUUGCCCUCGCAUCGAUGGGCGGUGCGGAGAGAGAGCCCCGUUGUACCAUGUCUCGACUCCCAGAGGGUGCUAAGAUUGCCAAAGGGGGGCGCAAGGUUCGACUUGAUUAA